AUGGCAGAAAAUAUGAAGGGGUGGCAGCAGGCUGCUCCUGGCCCUAUUGAGGAGAAGCUCAGUCUUGUUGACGACACCCCACGCCCUAAUACAAUCCUUAAGAAAGGCGAGAUUCUCGCCCGCGUCGUCAGCGCCGGUCUCAAUCCCGCAGACUACAAGAUCAUGGAGAUAGGGUUUAUCUCCCGCGCUAUCGUCAAGUUCCCUAAGGUGGCGGGCAUGGACCUUAGCGGCACUGUCGUAGCCGUGGCUGAGGGAUCGACGGACGUCAAGGUCGGCGACAACAUCCUUGGCCGCGUCGAGCCCUUUAGGCCUCACGGCUCUCUGUCGCAGUACGUGGUGCUGCCCCCAGAUGGAUACGCCGUGCUUCCCAAGGGCGUGGAUCUCGACCACGCUGCUGGGGUGCCUACCACGGGGCUGACGGCGUACCAGAGCAUCAAGCCCUACAUCAAAGCAGGCGACCGCAUAUUUAUUAACGGCGGCUCCGGAGGAGCGGGGACCUUUGGUAUCCAAAUUGCAAAGGCCCUCGGAUGUCACGUCACGACGUCCUGCUCAACUGCCAAGGUCGCCCUAGUCAAGAAACUAGGUGCCGACGAAGUAAUCGACUACCGCGUCGAAGAUAUCAUGACUAAACUCAAAGCCGAGGGCCAAGUCUACGAUCUAGUGGUGGACAACGUCGAUAAUUCGCCGAAAGACUUUUUCUCUGCUACGCCCAUGUUUCUUAAGCCGGAGGGACACUACAUUAGCGUUGGAGGCUCCGCAUCGCUACACACGGCCAAGAAUAUCGCUAAGGGCCUGCUAUGGCCGACCUUACUGGGUGGCACGCCGCGCAAAUUUGUCCCGUAUGUCACCAAGAAUGUACACGAGGACUAUGAGCAGCUGGUAAAGUGGCUGGCUGACGGUACUAUCACAACGAUUAUCGAGACUACCUUUGAGUUUGAGCAGGCAAUUGAAGCCUUCAAGCAUCUGAAGGAGGGCUCUAGUGCGGGCAAAGUCAUUGUACAUGUCUCACCCAAGAUAUCCAAUGUAUAA